UGUUUUUAGAGCAGCGACAGCGUCACAUGUUGUUUUUCUCCAGGAUCAGAUCAGUCCCUGGUUUGGUCCAACUGCACUGUUGCUUCUGCCGUAGCGGACAGCGGAUACAGCUAUCGGUGUCCGCUAUGGAUUAAAUUAAAUACGGGUUAUCUUUAAAGUUUUUCUUCGCUGCAAGUUACUGAGAAAACGACUGUGCUUAUCCGGGACUUAUAAAGAGAAAUCGAGAGAAAUGGCAAGUCCUCCGGCGACGGGAGGACACCUGUUAUCUAAUGGGACGAACGGUGUGAAGAAGUGCGGAUACCUGAGGAAGCAGAAACACGGACACAGGCGAUACUUCGUGCUCCGAGAGGCUACCGACCGCUGCCCCGCUCGGCUGGAGUAUUAUGAAAGCGAGAAGAAAUGGAGAAACAAGUCCGCUGCAAAACGGGUCAUAACUUUAGACUCCUGCCUGUGCGUAAACAAACGGGCCGAUGCCAAACACAAACACCUGAUCGCCCUCUACACCAAGGACGAGUACUUCGCUGUGGCUGCGGACAACGAGCAGGAGCAGGAGAGCUGGUACAUGGUUCUGACGGAAUUAAUAGCCGAGGGGAAAGUGUACGACAGCCCCGCUUCCACCUCCUCUUUAGUGGGCUUUGAGGAGGCCAGCUACGGACUGACUGCACCCGCAACAGCUGCCUAUAAGGAGGUUUGGCAGGUCAACCUGAAAUCCAGAGGCUUGGGUCAGAUCAAGAACCUCAUUGGAGUGUACAGGCUGUGUUUGUCCAGCCGCACCAUCAGUUUUGUCAAACUGAACUCAGAGACCGCUGCUGUCAGUUUACAGCUCAUGAACAUCAGGAGAUGUGGCCACUCUGAUAACUUUUUCUUCAUUGAGGUGGGCCGGUCAGCGGUCACUGGGCCUGGGGAAUUCUGGAUGCAGGCAGAAGACUCAGUGGUGGCACAAAACAUCCACGAGACCAUCCUGGAAGCUAUGAAGGCCAUGAAGGAGCUGUCUGAGUUCAGGCCACGAAGCAAAAGCCAGUCUGCCAGCACAAACCCCAUCUCUGUACCCACACGACGGAACCUCAACAACCUUCCCCCCAGUCAGACGGGCCUGGUGAGGAGAUCCAGAACCGACAGCAUGGCAGCCAUGUCCCCAGGGAGAAAGUUCACAUCCUGUCGGAUAAGAACAGCCAGUGAGGGAGAUGGAAGUGUGACCCGGCCUGUAUCCAUGUCAAUUUCUGUGAGUGGAAGUCCCACCAGUCCAAACUCUGUAAAUCACCUCUGCAGGUCCCACACCCUCAGCAGUGGGCGCACUUGCAGGAUGUUAGAGUCCUCCUCGAACCUCCAUCACAGCCGCUCCAUGCCAGUGUCCAACUCUCCUCCAGCGGCCUCCAGCCCCAUCAGUAUGUCUCCCAGAGGGGGGGCAGGCAUCUCCACUCCAGACAAAUCCAGGCGACCCUUCAGCUGCAGCGCCUCCAUCUCUGGCUCUCUCAGUGAUACUGGUUUCAUGCUGUGUGAUGACUAUAGUUCCAGCCCAGGUGAGCCCAAGUUCCUUCCUCUGAUGCGCAGUGACACCCCUGACUCCCUGUCCAGCACACCUCCAUCUCGUGAUGUCAGCGACCCCUGUGGCUACAUGAUAAUGGAGGGGGCAAAUGGUACUAAAUCAGGAAGCGAGGGUCUGGCAUUUGAUAAAGCUUACAGGAAGCGAACCCACUCUCUCACAACACCACGCCAGCAGAGAGUGGUGGCACCGCUGUCCUCAGCCUCCCUGGAUGAGCACACACUCAUGAGGAUGGCCCACAGACAGAACUCUCACUCUGCCUCACCCAAAGUGUGUUACCCAGAGGAUUAUGGAGAUAUUGAAAUUGGUUCCUCACAAAGCUCCAGUAGUAACUUGGGAGAUGAUGGCUACAUGCCCAUGACACCAGGCGUAGCACCGCAGUCUGGCAAGGUAGACAACUAUGUGCCCAUGAGCCCCAUGUGUGUCUCAGCGCCCAAGCAGAUUGUGAACCCAAGGGUGCAUCCUCAGGCAACCACCAAUGGGGGCUACAAGACCAACUCCCCCUGCAGCAGCUCUCUGGAAGAUAAUGGCUACAUGAGAAUGUGGUGUGGCUCCAAAUCCUCCAUUGAGAGUCCAGACAGACACGGCGAAUAUAUGAACAUGUCACCUGGAAACCCCCCUCCACUCCAGACCCCACCUGACUACUACAUGGGCCUUAUGGCUGGUGAGCCUGCAUCAGUAAGACCGGCUUAUCAUGCCGGCUCCCUCACGCUCCCUGCUAAACUUCAGGCCUCUAAGAAUGAAGAUAACAACCAGUAUGUGUUGAUGAGCCCUCAAAGUUUGAGGCAGAGAGCCGGGGAGUCCGACUACUACUCUGUGAUGCAGCCCAGUGCAGCUCAGGCAUCACCACUGAGCCCCUCAGUGCCCUCUCCAAUUAGACAUGGCCGUGCUGACAGCCUUCCAUACCGAGGGAGGCUGGGCAGACCUAACCGGCUUUCCCUGGACACCCUGAGGACCCUGCCCAGCAUGAAUGAGCACCCCCUGCCUGGAGAGCCUCGCAGCCCUGGUGAAUACAUUAACAUUGACUUUAGUGGCACCAGAUUCUCCCCACCCUCUAACAUGUCCACAGAGAGCCAGUCUUCUUCUCUGGGUUCUAGUGGUGGGGGUGCCAGGGGUUCCUCUCUGACAGACUACAUUAACCUGGAGCUGGGCUCACACUCACCCAAAGAGGCUGACACUCCCGCUGAGCGCUUGGAUUCACUCCCAGAGUUGUCUAUGUGCCCCUGCUCAGAGGAGGAUGGACUGUAUCUGGAUGGUGAGAAAAGGUCUCAGGGCAGCAGUGAUGAGGUGAAAAAUGACUACACUGAGAUGACAUUUGGGAUGACCAGCUCACCUCCACAGCUUGUUCCUCAGAACUCUACAAGCAGCCAGAGCAGCAGGGAGAGACGGCUUUCUCUGGAUGACCCUGGAGUCCCAGAGGGUAUUGGGGUCUUUCUUCUUGGAACAACAUCGUCCCCUACUGUGGACCCCGACUGCACCGCCAAGGUGAUCCGGGCCAAUCCACAGGGACGUCGGCGCCACAGCUCUGAGACGUUCUCCUCUACAGCCACUGUGACACCUGUUUUCCCCUCGUUUGCCCGUGGUGAAAUGGUCAAGAGACACAGCUCGGUGGAGAACAUCUCGUCCCGGAGCAGCGAGGGUUCGGAUGAAGAGUACGGCAGCCCUGUGAACAAGCAGACAUCGGGCGGCUACCAGAACGGACUGAACUACAUUGCCUUGAACCUGCUGGACAACAGGGAUGUGGAGAAAUGUGAGGACCUGGUUGGCUUCAAACCUGCCAGCAGCUGCAAAGGGGUUAUCAAUGGAUUACACAGCUCACCAUAUGUGUGCUUGGGAUUCAAGGAGGCUGCAACCACUGCUAAAGACUGAAGGACUCAUCCCUGUCCUCUGACUUGGCGUCUUCACCGAACUGCUGCUUAACAAAAAACACAUAAAAACACAGAUCUACUUUGCCCUUCAACAGGGCUCUGUGGCCCUAAAGACUGUAUGGACCCUCAGCAACACAUACACACACACAAAAACAUGCAACCACACACUUACGAAACAGGCUGCUGUCUAUGCAUGUCAAGCAUUAGCUGAAGGCAGGACAGGUGUGUGUGUUUGCAUGUUAUGUGUAUGUGUGUGUGCAGUUGUGAGUGAGUGGUUGGUCGUGAGCAUGUUGUGUAUUGGUGCGUCUAGCGUUCCCUGUGCUUUCAGAGGCCAUUUCUCCUGUGACCCAAAUUUCAGUGCAAGCACAGAAGCAAAGCUAGUCGGACGGUAACAAACGGUACCCACAUAAUAUUUAUUCACUUGAGGCUGGUUUUAUGGCCACCUGUAUGCAUGCGUGUGUGUUUUUUGAGACAAAGUACGACCAAUUGGUAUGACAGAAAUGGCCCAGGGAGUGACAAUAGCAAGCCUGUGAGGAACACUGAGUAUAUAACUGUAUUUAGAGUAGAUAUUUUAUUUAUUUUUGGAAAAUGAAUGUCUGAUAAGACUUACCAGUUGCCUUAAUGUCUAUACUGUCCUUAUGUUUUCUAUGAAAUAAGAGAUAAAUAUUCUAUUAUGUAUGUCUGUUUGGACCUACAUCUCUAUAUUGUUAUUCUUUUGUGGAAAGUAAAAAGCCUAGUUUACCAUUAAAAUAUAUUAUUUCAGAAAUGUACAGUGGGGCUGCUCGAGAUCUGAUUUAUCGUAUUGAUAUUAAAGUAUUUUCUUAAUUACUAAUUUCUUAUUUAUUCUAGCCUAGUUUAUUUUUGUCCAAUCAAAGCGCUGGACUUAAAGAGUUAUAUUUCUAAAUGUCUUUAAGCGUUAUGCAUGUCUUUGUAACUUGGCUCAAACCCACAACACCAGGCAUCUGAAUGCACUGUACCUCCCAUAGUUCCUCAGUCACUCGAGCCUGAAAACCUCACACACUCCUACCUUCAACCCUACGGCCUGCCGUUCAGCUCGAUGCAGGCCGACCCUGCUGUGAUAUCGUCUCAUGUUACAUUUGACCAUCGGGUGGAGAACAGAACGGGUGGAGCUGACACGAAAUGUUGAGGUCAGGGGCACAGUCGAGACGGCUAAUGUCUUUAUCGAUGAGUUGAAGUGAGAGGGAAAAGGGGACCGCUGGUAGUUGACAGGGCAACGGGCUUAUCUGGCGCCAUCUUGGAGGCUGACUGUGGGAAAACAUAACCAUACAACACAAAAAACCAUUUUCAUAGACUUUAAAGGUGGAGUAAGUGAUUCUAAUAAGUGCAGUUUUUUCCUUUGUAUCUACAGGUUUCAAGAACUAAACCUUUUUAGGUCCAUUAUGUAUGUAAUUUCACACCCAUACUGGCAAAAACCAAAGGGUUUUUACGUCAGACUUCUUCAAUACUCUUUAAGACCUGUCACAAUUGUACUUAAGACAUUCUCAAGUCCACGCUGAAGAUAAGGAUAAUUAGGAGAAACAAGAGAAAACAGCAUUUAAUAUGAUCCUCAGUGUUGUAGGGAAGUAAAAUCUUUGACUGUAUUAACACUAGACAAAUACUGAACUGAAUCAAAACUUAUAAUACGUAUAAUGUGCAAUAAUUACAAUAAAUACCUAAAUAAAAUAACAAAAUAGCCAAAAUGAAUAAAUAAAUACAUUGGGGCACUGAUCAACAAACUUACUAUAAAAAUAGAGGUGGAAUUGAUUUUGAUUUUAUUUAUUUAUUUUAUUAUUUCCAGUUGAGCCACUAUUCAAACCAAUGCAGAUGGUCAUAUUUAUACUGUCAUAUCUAUAAAUCUAAGGCCAGACAUUCAGAAUUUUUAUUCAGAUCUGUAUAAUCCCUGGUCCUCACGUACCACUAUUUGUCCACUCGGCGACUACACAUGAAAUCUUCUUGUUUGUACACAGCCCUUGCUCUGUCAUUGUGAGAAGAGGGUGUGUUUGUUUGGCUGUUCUCUUCCUAUAUCAGCAGUCUGGAUCAGGAAUCACUUACUCCACCAUUAAAGUGAUUUUUAUGGACCGUCGUGGUCUCAAACAUAAUAUAACACGGUACAUGUAAAGACUUCACGCAGUUUGCCCUCCAGUAAACAUCUCCACGGCCACUGCCAACGCAGUUAGAACAUUGAGAAUAAUCUGAAAGCCCUCUGCGGACGUCCUGACUCUGGUGUUUGCGUCAUCCACUAUGUCGACUCCAGCUGGCUCACAACCCCUUUAGUGUACAGUAGAUUGUAGAACUUUAAACUAUGUCUGAAUGUAUUGCUGAGCUGGUGGGAACACCACACAAAUAUACCGUGGGUUUUAAACAGAGGUAACAAUAUUUGGAGCUGUACCACGGUGAGUCGUGGUAAUAUUUAUCUUCAAAGUCUUGAAUGUGUAUAUUAUGUACAUAAAAAGAGUUUAACUGAAAAAAAAUCUAUUAACAACAGAUAGAGAACUUAGAUUUUACCUAUGUUGUAAUGAUAUUCCUGUGUAAAGACUUUGGCUACCGAUUUUUAAUGGGGACUGGUUUUUGCGUUGGGGUUGUACAGUGUAUUGUAUGCUUUUCUCCGUCACGGUCUCUGUUAUUAUAUGAAAAAAUGCUCUGUCUAUUUUAUUAAAGAUAUCUCUUUGCCUUGUUGACACACUUUACCUAAUGGCAUAUGCAAUAGUGACAUGAAUACAAUCUAGAGUUUACAACCGUGGAACCAAAUGUAACAUUGCAUUGAUUUUUUUUCUUCUUUUUGGUGAUGAGCAGAUGGUGUUUUGCUACAUGUACAUUUCUUUUUCUGCCAAGUGGUUUUUUUUUUCUUGUUGCAAGGAUCUUCAUUCUUGACAUGUCUCAAAGCGCUUUCUCCCUGCCGUCUCAGUGUCCAUGGACAGAUUUCUCUUUUACAGGUGAUCGAUCUCGGAUUGACUCAGUUCGAAUGUGUCGUCGUCUUCCAUUGUACAUAGAUCAAUAUACUGUUUAUUGUGAUGCUCACAAGAGAUGAUUAUAAUGAUUUAUAAAUUCUGGUAGUCAAGUAUUGCUUAUGUCUGUAUUGAUUAUGGAUAGCAACCUGCAGAAAUAAAUGAAUUUAUUUAAAGAGGUA